GCUCGUUGCUGCAGAUUUUCCGACACAGGCAGGCAAGGCCGAGCUUCUCCCAAAAACGAAAAUGGCUUCCCUUCUUGCCGGAACCCUCGAGAAAUCUCAAUGGGUUCUUCAAGUCAAUGAGCUUAUUGACGGAAAUGCCCUCGACGCCGCUUCACAGACCCCCAUUUCCGUCUUCCGGCUGCCGGCUUCCGCCUGCGACGGCGACUCAGAGGCGUACCUCCCCCGCCGUGUCGCGGUGGGGCCGUACCACCAUUUCCGGCCGGAGCUCUACAAAAUGGACCUCUUCAAAAUCGGCAAAGCCAAGAAUGACAAAUUGGGUCCUCAGCUCCACUCUCUCUUAGAUCAGAUUAAGCCAUUGGAGCUCAGAAUCCGAGCAAGUUUCGAUCAAUCCCUUGAAAUGGAUGGAGAAACCUUAUCCUGGGUAAUGCUGAUUGAUGGUUUGUUUCUACUUGAACUACUUCAAAAUAGGUAUAAUCGCCGUCCCCUUAAGCUCCCUCUAGAGAUUUUUUAUGGGAAUUUAGCGUCUGAGUUUGAGAUUGUUAGUGAUAUGCUGAAGCUUGAGAAUCAGAUUCCUCUGUUUGUACUCAAGGAAAUUUGCCCCGAAGAACCCAUUAAUUAUAUGGCUCCUCUCUUGUACCGAUUUUCUGCAUCUGUUUCUCCACUUGAGCUUCCUUGGGUUGACCCUGAAAUGGGUUGUUUAGGAAGUUUCCCUGAUUUGCCUGAAAUCUACAAUCGGUCUCACCAUUUGCUGCAUUUUCUGUAUUUUCUUGUUCUGCUUUUUCCUAAGAAGGCCGUGGUUCCUCAUAGGCGAACGGCUAUGGCUAUGGCUUCUUCUUCUUCUUCUUCUUCUGUUAACUUCCUCAGUGAGUGCUCCAACAUUUUGGGCUCUGUUAUUAACAUAGCCUUCCUUCAGCAACUGAAAGAGGCCUUUAGUUUAAUACAACGAUUGUUCAGACUUUUGGGUUCUGUAACUAAGCCAAAUCUGGCUGAGAAAAAAACCCCUCUAAUUCCUUCUGUAUCAGAGUUAAAAACUGCUGGAGUGACUUUCAAAUCCACUAAAUAUGGCAUUCUGAAGUGCCGUUUGAACCGGAGAAGGCUCACUUUAACUCUGCCUUGUAUUUAUCUUGAUGGGUUCUCUCAAGUAUUGCUUAGUAAUCUUGUGGCAUAUGAAGCCAUGGCGGAGCUGAAUCCCCCUUGUUUGGUCAAUUACAUUGCGCUGAUGAAUGGGUUAUUGAGAGAUUCCAGAGACUUGAAGAUUCUGGAGAAAGCAGAGGUUGUUUACAACGAGGAAGCUGUGGAGGUCUUUAAUGGCGUGGAGAACUCUAGCAGCAGCUUGAAGAAACAGGGCGUGUUGAAAAUCCAUAUUGGGGGUGUUGGAAGUGGAAGUGAGUUUGUUCAAAGAUUCAAGAUGUAUUAUGAUAUGAGAUUGGGGGCGAUGGUUGAGGAGAUCAAUGAAUGGUAUGAGAAUUGUUGGAGAAUGAAGAUGAAGAAGUUUGUGUCAUUUGUUUUGAGUUGUUUGGCAAUUCUUGUGGUUGUGUUCCUCAUUGUUCUUGUGAUUGCUCGUUUCAUCUGUGGUUUUGUUAGCUGUCCCAAGGGAAUAUUCAAAACCAGCAUUGUUCUACAUCAGAUGUAUUGAGCCUAAAGACGAUGGAAAAUAGUGUUGAAUUAUGGAUGAAAUUAAGUUGGGCUUUUGGGCUGAAUAGCCUUUUUCAAAGGCCCAUUA